AUGACGCGCGCAGCCUCUCCCGCCGCGACGACACCCUUCGCCUCGGCUAGAGGGCGAGCGUCCCCUCGCAGGAAGGUCGCUGCGAGUCCAAAUCGCCAGGCGCCGUGUACUCGCUCUCGACUCUCCUGCGACAAGGGAUUUCUGCCUUCCACCUUCGUCUAUCUCUUGCUCCUAUCUGUGCUUUCUGGCCUCCUCUGCAUCGCUCUCUUCUUCGCGCUGUCCUCACCGCCGGCUGCUGAGCUUGCUCCCGCCUCGGCCUCUGUGACCUCCUCUGCGGCCGCCUCUACAGCCCCUUCCGUCUUUCCCUCGCCGCAACGGCCUCCGUUUUCCUUCUCCCCUCGCUCCCUGGGCGCCUCGGACGCGCAUGCGUCACCGCGCUUCUUCUCCUUCGUCCGCGCCUCGCUAAAGACCUUUCCGCACUCCACGACGCCGGCGCCAUCGGCUGGGCGCGGCCUGCCGCCGCGGCCUCUCGCGGCGGGGCUGCCGCCCUUCACGCAGGCGCUCCUGCCGUCGCCUUUCCAGCCAUCUCUCGAGACGCUGGUUCCUCAGGUGAGCGGCGCGGCUUCCGCGUCGCUCUCGGCGGCCGCACGCGCGUGUCUUAAGACCCACGAAGGCGCUUCGGUGCUGCUGGAGACCUCGGGGCUCUACGAGGCGUCCUACAUCCGCGAGUUUGACUUCUGCUCGGGACGGACGCUUCGCCAGCUGUAUCUGCAUCCGUCGCUCUUUGCCGAGGGUGCUGCGUACCUCUGGGACACCGCGCGCCGGCGGCUGCUGCUGCUGGUGAUCACGUGGUUAGAAAACCGCAUGCUUGUCCUCGACGCGCUCACCUGGGCGGAGGUCGCGCAGCUGCAAAUCCCCUUCGAGGGCUGGGGCCUCGCCUCUUCGCUCUCCGCCGCCGACGCCGCACUCGCCGCGACCCACCUCUCGCCGCAGGGCGCACCGACGACCCCCUUCCGCCCCCCCGCGCCGCGCUUCCCUGGCGCCUCGCAGGCAGAUCCGCUGGGCGGACUGGAGAUUCGACUGCAGCGCCAGCGCCUCUGGGCGACGACUGGCGGUGACGUGCUUCUCGAGCUCGACGUGCCCAGUCUCCUCGCGGCGGUGAGCCAGGGCGAAGCCGCGGUCAACAGACGCCCCCAGAGACACGCCGGUACAGUCAACGCGGCCCUGGAGACACCCGCGGAGACUGCAGCUGAGAAGGCUGCGGCGGAGACGGAGGCGGAGGCGGAUGGGUUGCCUCUCGAGUCCCGCCAGGCGAACUGGAUGCUGCGGCUUGCUUCGCUGUUUGUGGGCGGCACGACAGUGGGCGUCUCGCAGUUCACGGAAAAGGCUGAGGACCUAGCGACGAUCGUCGAGGCGGAGAAAACGAAGAAGAAGGACGUGCAGGUCUCCGCCGUCUCGGCGGCGCCCUUCGCGCUCACGGUCGCCUCGGCUCUGCCGGCGGUCGCAGAGCUCCCACUCGUGAAGAUUCGGUCGCAGACGCCGAUUCGGUGCUUGGGGCGUGCGCUGCCGAGAGUAAACGAACUCGAAUUCCUGCCUGAGCGCGGCUCGCUGGUGGGCAAUAUAUUCGGGGAGGCAGUGCUCGCAGAGCUCGAUGUUCAGACAGGCGCCUGCAUCGCGCUCUUCUCCUUCGGCGGCAUCGGCGGACUGCUGCAGGUAAACAGCCUCGCACCCACCGGUGAAGGGGGAGACAGCAACUCGAAACAGCGGGAGUCCGGCUCGCUGGGCGCACAAAAGGAGCCAGAAAAGAGAGACACCCGCAGCAGAUGCGGGGACCGGCAGCCUCGAGACAGCGCGGCAGCACCAAGGGAGGGCGCCACGAAAGCAAAAGUGGGAAAAAAUGUGACACUCGGAAAGACUCCGCGACGGCGCGCUGUGGAGAUGACUCUAAACCAGUUGGUGUGCGUGGGGAGAAGCUUUCUCUCGCAAGCAAGAAGGUAUCCAGAACAUAGCGAGUCGCUUCUGUUCGGCGCUCAAGCCUCCAGACGCCUCGCGGGGGGCGUCUCGCUCCUCUCCGGAGUCACUUCUUUCGCGUAUAUCGCCUCUUUUUCGCGUUUUUCACGUCUGUUUAUUCUGCGUCUGUGGUCCCUUCUGCAGUCCGCCGAUCGCUCGAACCGAGUGAUGAACGGCGUCUCCCUGCUGCCUUCGCUCUCGUCGGGCGCGGCCGCGGAGGUCGCGCCGCCUGUCUCCUCGGCGGCUGCGCCGCGCAAGCCGCGGCGCCUCGCGGCUUCCUCCGCGCCUGUGGGGUAUCCGUCCUCGCUCGUCGUCACGGGCAAGCAGUGGAAGGAGUUGCAUGUUGCGGAGCUGCUUGAGCUCCACCCGCCGCGGGCACUCCGCAGCUACUUAGAAGUCAACCAAGUCUUCCCCGGGUUCUUCAGCUUCGACGGGCUAGCCCGCAUCUAG